AACAUUGUUCAUUUACAUUAAAAUGACUCAACACAAAAAAAUGAAGAAGGCCAAGUGCUGGGGGUGCUUCGACUGGCUGUUCGCCAGGCGGGCACGCCGCAGCCCACCCGACGACCUCGACUCUUUCGUGGAGGACACCAAACACGCGGACGCCCAGGAGGAUGCGGGCGAACAGGGACAAGCGUCCCUGAGCCUCGUCUGCCUGAAGAACACGGCUCAGCCUCUCCCUGUGGUGGAGGAGGAACUCCCCUCCGACACCCGGGAUGCUGACGGGGUGGUGGGAGGGGGGGGAGAGGAGGCCAUUGUCAGGAGGCCUCAAACCCUCGUCAUAACUAUCCACUUGGUCAAGAGAGAGAAGGUCGCCAAGCCAGUGGAUGAAACAGUCGCAGCAAAAGACUGGACUGUCAGGAGGCCUCAAACCCUCGUCAUAACUAUCCACUUGGUCAAGAGAGAGAAGGUCGCCAAGCCAGUGGAUGAAACAGUCGCAGCAAAAGACUGGACUGUCAGGAGGCCUCAAACCCUCGUCAUAACUAUCCACUUGGUCAAGAGAGAGAAGGUCGCCAAGCCAGUGGAUGAAACAGUCGCAGCAAAAGACUGGACCCAGAAGGAGACCCUUGACAAGAGGACUGAAACCUUGAGAGAAAAGAUAAAGGAGGUGUGCGAGGAUCUCCCCUCCGAGCACCGAGGCACUGCUGGGCACGCUCCUUCCAGCGUAAGCAAGGCCGUUACCGAUGCACCAAAGAAGCUCCUCAAAAGUAGCUUCAAGAAGCAGGAUGAAGCUCAAAACCCCGCCAAGAAAAUGGUCAGGUUCAACUUCCAGAACCUGAACACUUUCGUCAAAGAUCGUGAGCUGUACUGUGGCUACGACUACUUCAAGUACGGCUUCCCUCUCUCCAUGAUUCGUUCUGAGCUGCAAAAGCCGAAGGAGAGAACAGUGAAGCCACAGAGAGAGCCACCAAAGGAGGCAGUGAACAAACUGCCAGAGCCUCAGAAAACAGCAACAGAGGAACCAACAGAUGCAGACAACAAACACACUGGGCCACAGCAUCUCACAGGGAUCCUCAAGAAAGGAAAGGCGGCCAGCACCGCUCAUAAGUGUCUCCGCUUUGACUUCCAGAACCUGAACACUUUCGUCAAGGAUCGUGAGCUGUACUGUGGCCACGACUACUUCAAGUAUGGCGUGCCGCUCUCCAGCAUUCGUUCUCAGCUGCAAAAGACGAAGCAAAGAACAGUGACGCCACAGCAAGGGCCAGUGAAGGACGCUCAGUCUCAGUCUCCAAACUUCACCUCGAGGCCUCACCAGCAGCCCGUUAGAUCCGCCUCUAACUCGCUGCGUGGCGCACCUCGGCGCCUCGGGAGGACGACACAGCGGAGCAACGACUCCUUCCAGCAAAACAGUGGCCGGAAUGCUGCACAGAACUACACCAACGGCCGCCACUCACAGCACCGCCAGCACAACGCCAGCAGCCACGUCUCGCCCAGAUACGAACCAAGGUAUUUCUACGAAGGGCAGACGCGUCCAGGCACCAACUCCCGCAGCAGACGUCGUGUCAAGGGAGGCGCCAAGCCGGGUGAUGGCGAUUUUCUGUGAGCACAGAGCGAGUACACAGCGUCGUGAUCAAACUCAAAUGUUCAGCGACGUUCAGUUGACGUACAUUCCGGGUGCAUUUCUCAACACCCGCUGAACAGUGACUGUCGUUGACGGGUGACAACAGUGCCUGAGGAGUGCCAAGAAGCACCACAAACACACUGAGAGGAACGGCUCGCAGCUGACUAAAUCACCGUGCAGAGGAACGCGUCCCAUGGAACGGUGCCACUUCUACGGAACAACUUGUUCAAGAGUGUCGCAUCUGUGAGGAGUGUUGCGAUGCAGGUGUGUGCGUACAUUUCUUAUCUUACAUUUCAAAUGAAAAAAAUAGAAAAUAUUGUCUUACAAAAAACCUUAGGCAGGGAGAGCAGGGCCGUGAUG